UCGCCGACUCUUCUCUCUUCUGUAAGCAAAAUUGCAAUGACCACAGCGGCUGAAUCGAAGAACCCUAAAAUUACUCUUGAGCAGCCGAAGCACGAUUCUACUUUAGAUCAAAUCUCUAUGAACAUCACCGGCGAUACUCCAAUCGGCGAAUCUAUUGUUUCUUCACCGCCAACCCUAGCAGCUGAAACAGUCUCAGAAGGAACCGAAUCGAUGGCUACAGUUAAGACCGAUUCGGUUGUAUCGUCAGACAAGGGAGAAAUUCCUGCUACUACUGAUGUCGAGAAGAAGAUCCGUCGCGCAGAGAGGUUUGGUGUGCCUGUACAGCUUUCUGAACAAGAGAAACGUAAUACUAGGGCUGAAAGGUUUGGUACUGCUUCAACCACAUCAGAAUCAGUGAAGAACUCGGAGGAUCAGAAGAGGAAGACGAGAGCAGAAAGGUUUGGGACUUCUGUGCCUGCUACUGCAACUGCUGCCGAUGAAGCGAAAAAGAAAGCUAGGCUUGAGAGGUUUGCUGCUGCUCCAAAUACUACUACUACCACCACUACUACUACUACAGUGGAAGAUGAGAAAAGAAAAGCUAGAGCAAUCAGAUUCUCUCAACCUACUGCUUCCAUAUCCCAAGUAAAUGGUGAAGGAGAUAAGGUGAAGACAGCCAUCGCUGGAAAUGUUGGCAAUGGAACCUAAACAUCAUGCUUCAUGUCUUCUGCAGUAGGAUUCACUUUUUUCAAGGUUUUGAUCGUUUUUUCUUUUAGCCCAACCAAAAAAAAGAGUUUAAUGCUUUUGUUCUUAUCGUCGUCGCCUCCAGCAGCUUUUUUCAUAUUUUAGCAUCCUCCCCCGGCUACUUAAGUACUUGAUAUCAAGCAGUAGAUAUUCUUGGAUAGCUUACUACAUCAUGAUAAGGGUUUCAGGUAUUGGCUUUCACCCAUGAGGCCUAAGAUAAACAUUAGCUCCAUAGUUGUGAUAAAUCUUCUAAUGGUUUUCAUUAAAUCAUUCUACAAACCAAAAAUUGAAACUACGGCCAUGAUAAUGUUCACUGUUUUUGUCCCCUACACAUUUACUUGUCUGUCUUGAUCUUGAUCUUGUUGCAUAAUCAAUCAUUUUACGAUAGAUCUAAGAUUUCAUGCAUUACAUUGAGACUGUAAGUUUGCCAUCUUAAAUGCUAAAUUAGGGUUUAUCUUGCUAACUAAGAUAGGUGGUAUUAUCAUGUGAAUCAAUCAGAUGGGCUGCUUUCUUGUGUUAUCCUCUUUUGCAACUCAUGUUUAAAAUGAUAAAAUUUUCAAAUGAGUAUUAAUUAAUAUUUUGCAUAGUGGAGGGGAUUUGGACAAUGAAUAUUAUAUCUAUGAUGGCCUUUAAUUUAAUAAAAAUGGGAUAUAAUUAAUAUAUAUAAUGGAGCUAUUUGUUGAUUUACUUGGGCCUCUUUUGGGUGAAUUGCUCUUUGAAUUGAUGGGGUAACUAUUUUAGUUUUUUACAGUCUGGGAAAUGUAAUAUUUUGAUGACUAUAAAAGCUGUUUGAUUUGUACACAUGUUUCUUGGGGGUGUAGUAGUAUUAGCUACAAUAUGUAAUACUUUUAAGCAUUUAUUAUAAUGUUUUAGUGACU